AUGGCCACAACUCCAUCGACAGGAUUUAAUAUGCCGAGAGCAUCUUCUCCAUCCAGCUCUCGUCCUCGCCACUCGCUCAACACCUCUUUCUCUUUUGGACCCCGGCCUCUCUUGGAUUCAUUGGCAGAUGCGAAUGCUAGCGGGGCAUCCAACCAGAAGUCAUACCUGGAUCCCAGCCGAUCGAUCCUACAGACCUCCCCCGUCAAAGGUUCUCCCCGCAUACAGCGAAAGACGAAAACCACAGCGAGCCUCCGGCACCCGCUCGCCAUCGACACCACAGAUGUAUUCCAGGACGACGCAGACGACGAAGAAGAGGACACCAACAAGUGGGGCAUCGUCGAACGCAUGCGGCUCUGGCGGCACGACGCGCUCAUGCAGCACCUGUACGACUCCGCCGCCUUCUGGGGCGACAAGAUCGUCACCUGGACCAACGACCCGAACGACGCGUUCUGGCUCGCGCAGACGUUCUUCCUCAAGCACGAGUACUCGCGCGCCGAGCGGCUGCUCACCCGCCCGUUCCCCACCACCCCGCCGCGCACGGGCCCGCUCGCCGCGCAACCGCUGCCGCCGUCGUUCGCGCCCCCGGCGAGCGCGAAGGGCAAGGGCCGCGAGAUGCCGCCGCCGCCGCUCCCCGGGUUGGGCCCCGCCGCCGCGCACCCGAGCCGCACCCAGCGACUGCCCGUCGGGCCCGGGGAGAUGGUCGACGUCGCCGUCCAGUUUGAGGACGGGGUGUCGCGCCUGGUGGACAUGAGCGUGGCGUGCAGGUACCUCGCCGCGCAGUGCCAGAUGCGGCAGGGCAAGUGGAGCGACGCGCUGGAGAUGCUGGGGGAGUCGAACCCGUUCCGGACGGGGGUCGAGCGGGGAGGGCCGGAGGUGCCGAACAUGGAUGGAGGGGUGAAGAUUGAGGCAUCCAUGUGCAACUUGCGUGGGCUGCUCAUGUUGAAGCUCAACCGAGGCGACCAAGCCAAAGCUUGUUUUAUGGAGGCACUAGCGUUGGAUGUCAAAUGCUAUGAAGCGUUUGAGCACCUUGUCAACGGCGAGAUGAUGACUCCAGAAGAAGAGUGGGAGUUCGUGCAGUCGCUGUCCUACAAAGAGCAAGCACCAUCCGACGGAGAGUUUGUGCGGUUGAUGUACGUAUCACAACUACGCAAGUACAAGCAUGCACAAGAGCAUGCACUUGUUCGCAAGCGACUAGUGGACGAGUACGGUCUAGGAGACAAUCCAGACGUGCUCUAUAGCUUCGCCGACGCGCUCUACACACAACUUCGCUGGGCAGACUGCUAUACCAUCACGUCAAGAAUUUUGGGGCUCACAAGCGUUCAUAAGAACGCGAUGCCUUUGCACGUUGCGUGCAUGUAUCACUUAACACAUCUCAACUCUCAGCUUUUCCUGCUUGCCCACGAACUGGUAGAUAAAGAGCCAGAAAACGCGAUCAGCUGGUAUGCCGUCGGCAUCUGGUAUAUGUGCGUGCAAAAGUACCAAGAAGCCCGAACGUACUUCAGUAAAACUUCCCUCAUGGACCCACGAUUUGCCCCUGCAUGGGUGGCAUUCGCGCACGCCUUCUCGCUCGAAGGCGAGCACGAGCAUGCUGUGACCGCGUACUCAACAUGCGCACGACUAUACACUGGCUCCCACCUCCCGCUCAUGUUCGUCGGGAUGGAGCACAUCAUUUUGUCAAACAAGCAGCAAGCAGUGGAGGCGUUCGAUGCGGCUCAAAACAUGUGCGACGGCGACCCACUGCUGUACAAUGAGCGGGGUGUGAUGGCCUUCUCUAACGAACAGUAUAAGGUGGCCGUGGAGCUCUUUACUGAGGCAAUAGAGCUCGCCAAGAUCGUGAAAGCGUCUCAGAAGUCAUGGAUACCAACAUACCUUAACAAGGGCACGGCCCUACGAAAGCUCGGUCGACUCGAAGAGGCCAAGGAGAUUUAUCAGCAGGUGCUCGACAUCGACUACCGGAAUGUCACCGCCCUCUCCUUCAUGGGAGUUACCUACCACCUCUUGGGCGAGAUUGAGCUUGCGAUCGUCAAAUACCACGAAGCUCUGAGUAUCGAACCCAUCAACGGCUAUGUGCUCGAGCUGCUCGAGAUGGCGCUCGACGCCAGUGCAGAAAUGGGUCCCUUCGGCUUCAAGGGCGGGCCCCCUGGAGGAGAGGACAGCUGGGAGCAGAAGAUGCGCGAGCACCGGGACCGGGACAAGGGGAAGCAGAUCGCGAAGGGCACCGUCGACUUCGAGGACACGAGUUUGUGA